CUCGAGGUCACUCACUGCACUGAUCAGCGAGACUUCGAAAUCAAAAUCGGACCCUCGGGGUUAUCGGACGUUUUGGUCAUUCGUCUACAUGUGCUUUGCGAUUGUGCGUGUUCGACCGCGAAGCUCCAACCGGAACAGAUUGCGGCUGAAUCGUGCAACAAGGCUGGAGACGUUGUUUGCGGCAUAUGCGUCUGCCACGGGGGCAAAGUUGGCCGUCACUGUGAGUGUGAUUCUCCCGGAAUGUCUACCACUGAACUGGACAUGAUGUGCCGAAAGUAA